CACCCCCAACAUGACUUCUCAGUUGCUGUAGUCUAUCAGUCGGUCAAUCCACUCAUCCUAUGCUUUGACCUCUUGCGCUGGUUUUGCAGCCUCAAGGUCAAUCCAAUGAACAUAGUACCAAUGCGUGGCUUUGUGGAAGGCAAAAAGGACACCAGCGAAGGAGUGCUAUCUUCUGGGAUCUAGCUAGGCCUCCCCAAGUAGCUGUAAAGAAAGCGCGUUGAGAAACUAUGUUUGCGGUCUGUUUGGAAGGGGAAUGUGUAGUUGAGUGGUGGUGCCCCAUUUGAUCGUUUUGUUAUGGUUUUGGGGAAGACAAAAUGGGCACCAGCAAAAGAGUGCUCUCUUCUGGGAUCUAGCUAGGUCUGCCCAAUAGUAGUUGUUAAGAAAAUAGGUUGAAAGGCUAUGUCUGGCAGUCUGUUCGGAGGGCAGGAGUGGUCCGGCGGUGGCGCCCCGUUUGAUCGUUUUGUCAUUGCUUUGGGGAAGACAACAUGGGCACCAGCAAAGGAGUGCAAUUUUCUGGGAUCUAGCUAGGUCAAGUAGCUGUAAAAUACUGGUUGAAAACUAUGUUUGCGGUCUGUUCUGGGCAAAAAGCACCGGCAAAGGAGUGUUAUCUUCUGGGAUCUAGCUAGGUCCCCGCAAGCAGCUGUAAACAUAUACAUGUUUGCAGUCUGCUUUGAAAGGCUGGUUUUUGUCCCAUCCCCUCUCAGGAAUGUGCAUGUACAGGUAUACGGUAUAUGUUUGUAUUCGCACAUUGUGGCUAAGGCAAGGGCUGGUUGCCGCUUCAACGGAUGCUGGAGUACGAGGUUUCUGGUGUGGAGUGGCUCCGACCCUGGGUGAAUGCUGCCGCCUCUGAGGGCACUUCUCCGCGCGCCUCGCCUCGCGCGUCGUCCCGCGCAUCGCCUCGAAGCACCCCCUGCGGCGCUUCUGGCAGAGCUCGCAGGUCUCCUGCCAACUCGCCAGAUCGAACUGCUCGUUCACCCCGCAGCAUACCAGGCCAAAGCUCACCCCUAAGGGAGGAGGAGACGGGCUUCCUCUUUUCAGAUCCUGGACGGUUGGACGCAGCACCACCAUCCAGCCCCAGGCGCCAGCUCUCGCGCUCUCCGAAACGCUCCCCGAGAUCAACAUCUCCUGUGCAUGAGCGUCUCCAUAUCGCCGGCAUCGGGCACAAGAGGGUGUUGCCUGGAGAUUCCGAUGCUAUCCGCACUGCUUACCACAAUCUCGAGCAGGCAAAAAGCUUGAUGGACGAGAUGAAUCGCAAGGCGAAAGAAAGGGCUGCUGCAGCCAUGAAAGCUGUGGAUGAAGCAAGAGAGCGAGCACAAGCCGCAAAGGUAGCGGCAGACUCGGGAGUAGUCCCGCCCGAACUGCAGGCUCCGGGUCCGAUAGAACGCUUCCAGGCCAGCAGGCCCGGAGCGGCCUCAGUGCCAACAAUCAACUUAGCGGGAAUGAGGGCAGAGCCAAAGCAGAACACGGAGAGCCCGGAAGAUAGAGCUGACUCAGUCGCCUUUUCCGCGACCCCCACGCCACAGUCCACAACUCCGGUCACAACCCCCAGAGAGGCAGAGGCCAGGGAGCGUGUCUCUGCGGUGAAGGCCAUGGCCUCGGCUGCGUCAGUGGCCUCUGCGCAGUCUGGUGAAAGCCGCUCCGCAUUGCAGCAGCGCCGCAAAGCCCGUGAGCAGCGGCGAAAGGAACUCAUGAAAGUUAUGGAUGCAGAUGGGGAUGGCGUGAUCACCAAGUCCGAGCUGGACCAGCUUAAAGCAGCGAAUCCAGAGCUCUCACAGGUCGACAUGAGCAAACUGGAUGCUGAUGGAGAUGGGCAAAUCAGCAAGGAGGAACUUGAGAAAGCUCUGGAUGCAGAAGUUGAGCCGCAGGCCGAAGCUGCGAGCAUCCUGUCGGCUGUGGCGAACCUUUUUGGGUCCUCCCAGGCUUCAGAUGAGAAGAAAGAAGAACCAUCGGAGGAUAGAGCCAAACUCGAUGAAGCAGAUAAGGAGUCCACACCAGCUCCCAAAGCAAAAGCGCUGCCAAAGGCACUGUUUGCAAUGACUCGAGUGAACUUCGUAGCGGGCAGGAAAGGGAGCUUGGCACCUUCGGCAGAUGACUCUCAAGGUCAAGCUUCGUCUCAAGCCUCAGCUGCACGAAAGCGUCGAGAGGUGAGGAAGGCAGGAAAGGCCCUGCUGGCAGUCGCAAGUCUGAAGGAAGAUGGAAACACUCGUGGCUAGAGGCAAGACAGGCAAGUUGGUUUUUGAUCAGGAGAGUAUGGAAAUGGUGCAUCAAGACGUUUGUUUUUGAAUGCCUUAAAGGGCCCCCCUUGCAAGUUCUGUUGCAAGUUUAUAGGUUCCAACCCAGUUCUUGUCUCUCUCUCUCUCUCUCUUUCUCUCUCCCUCUCUCUCUCUCUCUCUUCCUUCCCUGUCGUCUCCUGUGUCCC